AUGGCAGUUCCCACGAAUGUCAUAACUGAUGUUACUGAAAAAUCCCAAGAAAAGACUGUUGUAACCGAUGCUCCGACCGGUGUUGAGCCAUCCUCUAUACCAACUGAUGCUGAGAAGGAUGUUGAAGCAUCCAAAGGAGGAUCUAGCCCACAUGCUAACACUGCCACUGGGUCGUUUGGCAGUGGAUCUAAUACUGAAGCUUCCACUGAAGAGGAAGUAAACAAAGAAAGUACCCCUGAAGAUGUGGCUGAUUCUGAGCCAGAGAAUGAAGCUGGUAAGGACUCUGAGAAAACCACCAAUGAAGAACAGGACAUAGUGGAUGUUGAUGAAGUCCCCUCUGAAGAAGAUCUGCAACCUCCACCCACUCAAAAAGGUAUUGGGAGAAGACUGAGAAGCAGGACCACUACACCUGCACCUGCUGUUACCACUACCCCUGUUGUCACCAAGAAAACAAAGAAAAAUACUCUGAAGCCUGUCAAGUAUGGUCCUAAGAAAGGAUGGAGCAAGCCUAUACCUCUUUCUGAAAAGAAAAAGGGUGUGCUGAAGAGGAAGAGUGCACCAUCAAGUGACUCUGAUUUUGAAGCUGAAAAGGAUGACUCAAGCAUCAAGCCUCCUGCUAAGAAGGCUAUGUCUGCUAAGAAGGCCAUGUCUCAAUCUGUUGCUCCUGACAUUGAAGACUUCCCUUGUGACAAUGUUUCAUUUCAUCUUCCAUCUUAUGCACAACGAUGGGGAAUCAUUUGCAAAAGAAGAUUGGCUCUGGAAAGGGAACUAGGCAAAGAUAUUCUGGAAUGUGAAGAGAUUGUGAGUUUGAUCAAUGAUGCUGGAUUGAUCAAAACUGUGUGGGGCUUAGGCUCAUGCUAUGAAAAGCUGGUUAGGGAGUUUGUUGUCAACAUCCCUAUAGGUUGUGACAAUCCCUUGGACAAAGAAUUUCAGAAGGUAUAUGUUCGAGGAAAAUGUGUAACAUUCUCUCCAAGUGUGAUCAACAAGGUGCUGGGUAAUGCUGAUGAUCCUCACCCUGACAUAGAUGUAUCUGACAAUGUGGUCUGCAAAACUAUCACAGCUGACAAGGUGAAAACCUGGCCCAAGAAGGAGAAGGUACCAGCUGUCAAGUUAACCCAAAAGUAUGCAAUUCUGAAUCGUAUUGCAUCUGUCAACUGGGUUCCUACUACACAUGCAUCUGACAUUGCAACAAAUCUGGGGCCUUUCUUGACGUUUGAUGCCCCUGAAAACAAUUUGAUUGAAGAUGAUUUCGAUAGUUCAAACUCAAAUAUGAUUAAGAAUCUAGUAGAAUCUAUACUUGAUGAUGACAACGACAAUGGUGACAAUUAUAACGAUGAUGAUGAAUAUGAAGAUGAUGAUGACGACGACGAUGACGACAAUUUUUGA